UGCACAUUGCUCCUUGUCAUUAUUUUCACAUUGGGAAUAGCAACAGCAUCUGGUUCCUCGCAGGAGCAUGCUUUUUGUGCCUCACCUUCUGCAAUUCUUCUCCAUCAAUGCUUAUACUACCUCAGCAUCUGAUUAGCGACCGUGUGCAGGUGCCACAGUCGUUAAUGUUCGUGGUGAUUUAUUUUUAUCCCUUAGCUACCUAACACACGGGGGACACGACUUCAGAACUCCUUAAAAGCCAUGGAUUCUCUCAUCAAGAAGGCAGCAUUCCCAGCGAACGCACAGUCAUCCACCAAUGGCUCUCGCAUUUUGGAUCCUCGUCGCCUCUCCUCUCUUGUGCAGCGCACUUCCAUCUACUACACCUCGUGUAGGCGUUAGUAUCCCCCUGUUAAAGCGCACACCGCAGCUCGCCGUUGAUGGUGUUGUCGACCGUGAUUUCCUCAAUGCGCAGGUCACCAAGGUUCACAAUAAAGUCGCGCGGGGUUUCGCCGCAUACGAGAGGAACACAGGAAAAGCGCACCCUAGCAACACGAAGCAUAUUACUCGACGAAGCACUGGAGCUGAUGCAUUGCAAGAUGAUUCCCAAGUUCUUUGGCAAGGCACCGUUCAGGUUGGAACCCCCGCUGUGAAAUUCACUGUGGAUUUUGACACUGGCAGUAGCGAUUUCUUCCUCCCUGGCCCCAAUUGCGACUCAAGCUGUGACGGGCAUACGAUCUACGAUACCUCGAGCAGUUCCACAGCUAAAAACCAGAACCAGAAAUUUAGCUUGUCCUAUGGGGAUGGUUCGACUGUAGAGGGGGACGUCUUCACCGACACGUUCACGAUCGCAGGGUUAAAGGCUACCCAACAAGCCAUCGGUGCGGCAACAACCUACUCCUCCGGCUUCUCCGCUAGCAACUUCCAGCCGGAUGGCCUCGUUGGAAUGGCCUUUAAACAAAUAUCCGAGUUCGGCGAUGAUCCUCUGUUCCAAACCCUUGUCAGUCAAGGCGUAACGACUUCGCCAGAAUUUGCGUUCAAGCUCAGCACCUCCGGUGCAGAGUUGUUCUUGGGUGGCGUCAACCAGGAUAAGUACACAGGUUCAUUCACCACCAGUCAAGUCUCCAAUACUGGUUUUUGGCAGAUCAGCAUGGAUUCCGCAGAUGUUGGCGGAGAAGCCGUGGUCGAGAACUUGUCUGCUAUCAUUGAUACCGGAACCACGUUGAUUGUCGGAGACACACAGAGCGUCUCUGAGUUUUAUGGCUCCAUCAGUGGCUCUAAAGAUGCUUCACAGACAGUAGGCAAUGGCUUCUUCACCGUUCCUUGCGAUAGCAUUCCCGAUAUCAGUUUAACCUUUGGUGGAAAGGCAUUCUCGAUCAGUGCAGAUACUUUCAAUCUAGGCCAAGUUGAGCAGGGUUCAUCUGAUUGUGUUGGCGGCAUUGUUGGUCAAGACGUUGGAGAUGCCUGGAUUGUGGGAGAUGUUUUCCUCCAGAACGUAUACACCUCAUUCAACGUUGAGGACGAAACAGUGGGAUUUGCGAACCUCGCGUAAAUUGGUAGAAGGAGAAAUAGCUGGUAGUAUCUAUGAAGUAUAUUGUACAACUCUAUACCAA